GUCCGAAGCGCGACACACUGAACACAUACGUACACAGAAAGAAGGACUGGUAGAGAUUCGUCAGUAAACAGAACCUCUCAACUCGUUGUCGGCCCUCCUCCGUCUUCCAAACCAACCGCCGAUGUUUCAAGUGCUAUUUUCUUCUUCCGAUAUGAGUGACAAAUCUUCACAAUCCAGCCAAAAGGCUGUGCGUGCUUGCGCAGCCUGCCAAAAAUACAAGCGGCGAUGCGACAAGACCUUGCCCAGCUGCUCUCUGUGCACCAGGUUACGCAGGCCAUGUGAUUAUACCAAUCGGCAGUCGGAGAAUGAGCUGAAAACCCGAAUCCAAGAGCUCGAGUCUCUUGUCGCCAACCAUGUGAGCAGGCUCUCUCCCCAGCCUCAAUCCACUUCGACGGCUUCCAGCCGGGACACAACCAGCUUCUCAAUAUCGCAGUCCCCUUGUGCGUUUUAUCCAGCAGCCCUCCGCUUCCAAAAGCUGUUCUUGGAUACAGACAUCCAGACCCGCCCUGAUGCUCCGUCGCCGCCUUCGAGUGACAUGAUCCCCGCCGCCGUUUGGGCCUACUUGGGGGAUCAGGCUCAGAGCGCGGCCAUCAUGUCACAGUAUUUCCAUACGAUCCACAAAUGGAUUCCCAUCAUAAGCCAAGUGCGGUUAACCUCGCUGGCUGAUUUGGAACUAGGUAACCGGCCCAGAGCGGAUUUUGCUUUGUUGCUCCUUGCCAUGAAGCUCAUCCAGAAUGUGCCUGGAAGCUCGUCCAACGCAGUGAAAGAUUUGCUGUACAUCUGCGCAAAGGAGUUUGCAGCUUCUCUGGAAAUAGCAGGUGUAUAUACGCUGCUAAAGCUUCAGGCUAAUCUACUUAUCUCGGUGUAUGAGAUGGGACAUGGGAUUUUUCCCGCUGCUUAUGUUUCAGUGGGCUGUUGUGUAACACAAGCCAUGGUCCUCGGCAUACAUAAUCGUGAAGCGCCUCAAAUCUUGGAGCAGCCGCGCACUUGGAUAGACUGGGAAGAGAGGCAGCGGGUUUGGUGGUUGGUUGUGAUUCUUGAACGGUACAUUACUUCUGUUGGAGACAACCGGCCUCUCUUAUCCGCUGAUCCUAAGACAACAUCUCAUCUCCCUGUCAAUGAUGACUCCUGGGAUUCCGGUCAAGCCAUGUAUCCUGAGCGUCUCAUUCUAUCUUCAUCCAAACAUCUAUCAGCAAGUCCAUUUGCUCGUCUUGCUCAGGCCUCUCAUCUACAGGGAGAGGUUAUCAAGCACUGCAAUGAUGAUACACGAAGCCUAGCACUCGUACAGAACGAUGUCGAGGUGCUCAGCCAGGUCUUGUGGUCUUUCUUAGAGGUCAUCGGCAAAGACAGGUCCAGUAUGAUGCACUUUUACAGCUCCGUGGGUGUUUGUCUGAGCGCACUGAUGAAGUUAUGCGAUCAUCACUCUUGCGACUCAUUCGCCAUCUACAAUGAUAGGGCACUUGAUGUGACCGAAAUGGCCCUCGCUCGCGAAAUAGCGCUCCGAUGCCAAAGUAUCAUGAAGAAUUGCAUUUUCAAGGCCAUGUCAUUCAUUGAAGUCCUCGGGGAAAUGGUGCAAGAUCAAGAGUCUAUGGAGAAUCUCGCUAGCUUGUCGCCAUGGUUCUUGGAUAGCAUAUACCAGUGCCUGGCCAAUAUCGUUUAUCUCAUGGCUACGACUCCAGCCGUAGAAGCCUCAGGAUACCCGUCGCAGGUGUCUCUAUGUAUGGACUUGUUAAGAAAGGCAAACCAGAGAUGGAACGUCGCAGGAGCUUACCUUGAGGCUAUUGACUUGAUAGAGCAUGAACUAAAAGUCAGUCAUUAUUAGGACCAUCCUCUUCUCCAAAAUAACUCAAUUCAAUUCAUCACGCAAUAAUUAAACAGUGUAUAUAUCAUGAUAAUAUUCCCAAAUUUUGGCAAAACUAAGAGUUGGUUUUUAAACAGUCGAUCAGGCCUCUGAUAUCAGGUUGUCGCUCAGAGAACGAUUGCUCUGUCGCGGCAAUUUAAAAGUGACGGAUAUAAAAGGAGGACAAUGAUUGGCAGGAUUAUCUUGGACAUGUAUGCAGCUGGCCUAUUGGGUUCCAUCACAUGCAGGGUAUUUGUAUGGAUGAGCACAUCAUACAAGAGGGACUAUUGGUCAAUAGUGUAGUACCCGGAGCUGGCGGAGGAUUUCAGCUGCAUACAAUUCAGCCACAAUGCUGUGGAAUAAGGCGGAGUCAAGGUUUCCUGCCGAGGCAGCGGUCUUAGACAUUGUGAAUAUAUGUGCGAU